AUAAAUCGUAGUGGACAAACGACAAGUAGGGAAAACAAGUGAAUAGUUGAUAAUUGUACUUAGUGGCAGUUGUCGUAAUUAAGAGACAUGACAAGGGUAUUGAUUGAUAUUCUUUCCAAAAUUACAGCAAGUUAGCAACUGAUGGUUUGCCGCUUUAGCUCCCGCCAGUACUCGUGCCUGUUUCAGCUUUCAAUGAUCACAAACUCGGAACACCUUCUCUCUCUCCUCUCUCUCUCUCUCUCUCUCUUAGGUUUUCCAUUUGGUAAACUUCACCCUCUAAAACCCUAAACCUCCUCAAUUUAUACCAAAAUGUCUCAUCUUUCAUAUACACAUUUCAACAAAGGCGACCAAGUUGAGGUCUUGAAGCGGGAAAAUGGUCCCAGCACUUUCACCUACUACGGUGCCACAGUGCUCCGUUCACCGGCAAAGCAAAAGACCCAAAUCCUUGUCGAGUACCACAACCUGGUGAUCAUUCAAACAGAAAACCAAAAACAUUUCAGGGAGCUGGUAGAUUUGAGCAGCGUCAGGCCAAUGCCGCCAAGAGAGCUUAAUGAGUGCUUCAAAAUGGAAGAUAGUGUGGAUGUGUUUUGUGAUAAUGGGUGGCAAAAAGGGACUGUUAAGGAUAUACUAGAGAAUUCUACGUAUAUUGUGGGCUUUGACGGGAAAAGCGAGGGGAUUGUGGCUGAGCAAAACAAUUUAAGGCUUCAUCGUGAAUGGGAUGAUGGCUCUUGGGUUCCACCUCUUACUGAACAAAAGACAUUCUCUCUGAUGGGCUUGAAAUCUGGAAAGAUAAAGUUGAAGAUCAAAUGCAACAAAAGGAAGUCAGAGACAAUGUUCAGACCAGGGACAGCAGUAGAAGUCAAAAGUGAUGAAGAAGGUUAUAUUGGUGCUUGGUAUGGAGCAACUAUUAUUGGUACAAUAGGAAAUGACAAGUUUUUGGUGCAAUACCUGAACCUGGUAACAGAUGAUGAAACUGCACCCUUGAGAGAAGUGACAGAUAUAGCGCAUGUUAGACCUUUUCCACCCUGUGAGCCAUCAGAUGGCCGUUUUAAACAGUUUGAGAAGGUCGAUGCUUGGUUCAAUGAAGGGUGGUGGGAGGGUGAGGUUUCAGGAGUGCUAAAUGAAUCAAAGUACAUGGUUUAUUUCAGCACCACCAAGGAAAAUUUGGAGUUUCACCAUUCAGUAUUGAGGCAUCAUCAAGAAUGGAUCAGUGGAAAAUGGAUAAAGGGUGAGUCAAUUGAAUUGGAGAGACAUGCGGAGGCAAAGUUCUGUAUAGGGACAAAGGUGGAAGUAAAAAGUGAUGAAGUUGGUUUCCAGGGUGCUUGGUUUUCUGCUGUCAUUAUCAGCAAGUUGGGGAAUGACAAAUUUGUGGUGCAAUAUCACAGUCUGUUAACAGAUGAUGGAAGUGCUCUCCUUAGGGAAGUGGCGAGUGCUUCAAACUUAAGGCCUUUUCCCCCUUCUAUUUGCCGUGUGUAUCCCUUCAAAUUGUCUGAAAUGGUCGAUGCUUGGUAUAAUGAUGGAUGGUGGGUUGGUCGAAUAGUUAAAAUAGUUAAAAUUCACGAGGACUUAAAGUACAUUGUCCAGUUCAAGACAAGAGAGGAAUUGGAAUUUGCACACUCUGAACUGAGGCCUCAUCAAGAGUGGAUUGAUGAAAAUUGGUUUGCGGUUCCCAAGGAUUGGGAGUUUUGAUCCCCAAAUGCAUAGGUCUAGUCCAAAAUGGGAAUGCUGGAAGUAGCUUCAUCAGUCAAGCAUCUAAUCAAGGUUAGCAGGAAUCUGAUUGUAGCGUUACUUGGUGUUCGGCCUCCAAACACUAUAAUCAGAGACGACUUUUAUUUUGCUCACCAUCACCAACCCUGUUACAGGGUACAAUAUACUGCUAACUCUUGAGCUGAUAUGUGAAUAUUUGUGUUAGUAAUAUAUGACUAAUUCUGCAAAACAACGACUGCCUGGACAGGUUAUUGUAGUUUCGUUAUCUCUUUCUUUUCUUUUUUUUUGGCAUUAGUAAUUUAAUACAUCAUUUUCCAA